AUGGCUACUAGCCUGAGUACCGGCGGCGGUUUCUACAAGUACAGGUGCAAGUACUUUUAUACCAAGUCUUGCCAGAACUGGGUCUACGUCAAUGGCGAAGCUUGCAUGCAAUGUCUUCAGCACCAUGGCAAGAGGAUUCUAGAAGAAGACCAUGAAGCUAAUCCGUUCCGUAGGCUGACGGCUGUGAUGCCCAUGAGCAUGAAGACGAUGACGUAG